CCCUAUCAUGAAGCAUUGGAAGCAAUACGGGACCGACGUUAUGAGGAUGUUAUUCCUCUUGUUGAACAAGAUUUGGCCGAGCAUGCUGCACGUGGUAAAUCCGAACUUACUGCCGUGCUUCGCGACUGCAUCCUGAUGGCUCGUUUUGAACUGAUGAAAGAAAACGUUGAGGUCACUACUUUUCAUUUCAAACAACUGUUCCAGUACUUCGUUUGUUUGCAUCCCCUUAGUCGUAGCACGCAUUCGCGCUGUCUGCAAAGCUGGAAGUAA